UUAGAAGCCUCGCUACGCUCGGCAAUUGCAGUUGUUGUGUAGAUACUGCAACUUUUGUCAUCGAUAUCGAUCGAUGUCUAACUGGAUUCAUCAUGAUUGCUACACCCCUUGGCUCUCUCCGUAUUUUCCUCGUCUUCAGACUCUGCAAAGACUUCCUGAGCUACUUCUAUCCACCGUUUAAUUAAUUAGUACGUGAUUUCGUCGUUUCCCUUUUUUCUGUAGAUUCUUGCGAUACUUGCGACUGGUGGGAAUUUGACAGAAAAGCUACCUGCCAUGGAGACAUGCAACAUGAGCGCCUGGGUAACGAAAGCUCCAACUUCGACUGUAAUUCGCGAGCUCUAGACACCGGUAGACUCCUCACACCGGUACUCAGUGAGUCACAACUGGCAUUUGAGACAUCUCAGAAUUUCUCUCAGGAAGACUAAUACCUUUCCUUUCUCGUGGGAGAGAUGAUCCAGUCCUUAGUGAGUCACUCUGCAGCCAGUCGGACAUUCCUGAGCAGAACCGGAAGACUGCAAUUUGGGCGCCAAGCAUGUCAGACGACUGUGGUACAUCCAGAGUAUUGGUAUUCGAUAAUGAAGGUGGUCUUGCUGACUCAACUAUGUCAGAGCUAAGAGACAUUACCAAGUUGCUGAAGGAAAGGUUGGCACAGGAUAAACAGCUUGCCACUCUUUUGGAGAGCCAGUGUCCACACCAGAGUAUUGCUACUGACGACAGCCAUCAUCAGCCAUCAUCACGGAAAAGAAAGUUGCCUUUAGACCUAUCCAUGCAGGUUCGUUUAACUUAUAAGCUAGUGUCUGAAGAAAAUGGUUGGGAUUUAAAAAAGAGCUUCAGUGAUCACCAGAACACAAGAGUCACUUGUGAGAUUGUUCAGUCUGUCCAAGGCAUUGGAGGUUCUUGGGGUCCCGGUCUUAUUAAACAGGCAGUACAGAGGUACUUCUAGUCUCUUUCAGAAAAUAAAAGAAGAAACGAUACCGUUGGUGUGGAAGAAAACAGAAGGAAAGCUCGGCGGCGUCAGCGUCUCCAUCAUGUAAGAUACUUGACUGUUACAUGCUUUUGCAUAAUCACAAUAAUCUGUAGAGCUAUGUUGAAGCUCUAGAAGCUUUGCUGCUUAUGCACUAGAGUUGCACCGAUAAUUGAAUCGGUUAUUGGUUAUCGGUAAAUACAGGCAUAUCGAUAUUUUA